AUGGAACUACCGAUAGUGCAAGUGAAGAACCUCCCUUAUGAUGCUUCAACAGCUCUGUUCUUUGAGUUGUUUGGCAAGUACGGCACCGUGAACCAACUAAGGAUAUCGGAUGGGUCGGCACCAGCAGGUACGUGCUUUAUAGUGUACACCAAUAUGGAUGAUGCUUCAAAGGCAGCUAAGGAGCUUAGUGGCAUCAAUUUCCAAAAUAGAUACCUCGUGCUGGGUCUAUAUCAUGUUGAUAAAAACGUGGGAGAGGCUGUGUCGUUGGAACAGCGUAAACAGGCAUUGGAGGAGUUGAAGAAGCAGCAUAACAUUGAGUAA